GCUGGACUCGGCGGAUUGAGCGAUCGAUCGAGUUCGUUCUAAAGAUCAGACCGAUCUGUAGAUCUUUACUCAUGGAGGCAGCGAUGGCUGGAUCAUCGUCGAUGCAGUGGCAGGCGGAGGAGGCGUGGCAGGCGUACCUGCGGCAGAAGCGGUCGCGCAUCGGGUGGGCGCAGUACCUCCGGUGCCGCCCCAUGGCCCUCCUCGGCAAGGCUGGAGCGGACGACGGCAACCGGGUCGUGAUGCCGGCGUCGGCGCUGGACGGGAUCAACUCGGCGCUGGUGGAGUACCCGCUCGUGUUCCGGGUCCAGAACGCCGCCACCCUCGACGCCACCAACUGCGGCAUGCUCGAGUUCGGCGCCGAGGAGGGGUUCGUGUACGUGCCCGCACUCACCAUGGUGCGGCUCGGGCUGGAGGAGGACGACCUGGUGCUCAUGACAAGCACGUCGCUCCCCAAGGCCACGUCCGUCAAGCUGCGGCCGCACACCAUGGACUUUCUGGGAGCCAAGGACCUCAAGCGGCUGCUCGAGUUCAACGUCAGACUGAACACGCCGUGCGUGACGGUCGGCGACACGAUCGCCGUCGCCGAGGGGGACCGGCGGUACCUCCUGGACGUCGUCGAGGCCAAGCCUGCCGACGCCGUGUCCACCCUCGACACCGACUGCGAGGUCGACUUCGCGACGCCGCUCGACUACGUGCAGCCUCCUGCUCCGGUGCCAGUGAAAGUCGCCGCCACCCCAUGCCAAGACUGCGCCCACGGCGGCGAGCGGCGGUUCGUCGGCGUCGGGAUGAGGAUGGACGGCAAGCCCGUGGAGACGCCGCCCCCUGCACCGGCGCCGGAGGCCGGUUCUUCGGUCAAGGGGAAGAGUGCUAGCGAGCAUGUGCUUCGGUUCUUCGGCCGCCGCGGCUCGGUGGUGGUGCCGCCCCCUGGCGCCAAGUCGAAAAAGAAGGUGGAUGGUGAUGAGGACAAGGAGGCUAAAUGGUUCACCGGCCAGAAGUAUACCCUCUAGAAGACCCAAGCAACGACUGAAACAAUAUGUCUGCAGUUGAUGUUUUGUUGUUAGUGACACACAAGUUUAAGUUCGCCAAGGAAAAUAUGGUGCUUUUUUUAUUUUUGACACAAUGUAUUGUGGCUCUCUACCUAGAUGUUGGUGAAAAAUUGGCAAAAUUUUCAGUGUGUACUGAUUAACGGAUCUAUGUAGCUAGUGUCAUUGUCUGUCAUUGUCUAUGUAUUGUUUCACGCAUAUAA